AUGAGUCUGUUCAUAUCUAUCUAUCUAUCUAUCUAUCUAUCUAUCUAUCUAUCUAUUAUUACCUGUUUAUUAUUACCUGUUUAUUAUCCAUCUAUCUAUUUACCUAUCCCCGUCUCUUCCUACCUAUUUAUAUAUCUUGUCCAGUCUGUUCCUAUCUAUCUAUCUAUCUAUCUAUCUAUCUAUCUAUCUAUCUAUCUCACACAUGUUACUAUCUAUUUAUCUAUCUGUCCCAGCCUGUUAAUAUCUAUCUAUCUAUCUAUCUAUCUAUCUAUCUAUCUAUCUAUCUAUCUAUCUAUCUAUCUAUCUUUUGAAUUUAUUCAUAAUCAUCUGUCAAUCCACAUUGGCCUAACUAUUUCUAUUGCAACCUAUUCAUAUCUAUCUAUCUAUCUAUCUAUCUAUCUAUCUAUCUAUCUGAAUCGCUUCAUAUCUCUCUUCUCGCGUAAACCGCAGCCAGAACUGAACAGACGCACCACCUUGGAUUCAUUGUGCGCCUAUGUGGACAUUCGUCUCUACGUGCGCAUGCGCGCCCGUCGAUCUGGGCAGGGCGGAUGUGUGUCGGUCUUUGACUUUGUUAUUAGGUUUUAG